AUGAGGAUCUACGGAAUGACUAUGGGUAACACGAUACGAAACCUGGGUGCUGAAAAGGCGACCAAAACUGCAGGAAAUAAAUCGGCGGAGAAUGUACAAGAUAAGACGGCCUCCAAAGACGUAUCGAAGAGCAGCGAAAGUAAAGGAGAUUCAAAGGAGGUCAAAGAGGAGAAAAAGCCCGAAGUGAAGAAGGAAGAGGAGAGCAAGGAUAAAGAAGCAAUCAAAACGGACAAGACAAUGGCCAGUAAAAUAGAGGAGGUGAAACAAGAGAAGAAAGAGGGAGAAGCAAAACCAGAGGAAAAACCAAAGGAAGGCGCUCCUAAAGAG